AUGCACGGGAACUUCUUCCAGAUACUAAAGGCAAAAAAAGAACUCAUUCCCCUGGUUGGAGUAUUGUCCUUUGCAGCAGUUGGGGCAGCCUCUUUUUCUGUCUAUUCCUUAUUCAGCAAAUCCGAUGUCAUCAUUAACAAGAGUGGCAAUCCAGAACCAUGGGAAACUGUCGAUCCUUCCAAGCCUCAGAAGCUAUUAACAAUCCAUCAGAAAUGGAAACCUAUAGAAGAGCUGGAAAAUGUCAGAAAGCUUACGAAGUGA